UUCCUAACCGCUCCAACCUCCAACCUCCACUUUCCACCUUCCUUAAGCGUGACUUGUGUAAAUAAAUAGAAAAAGUUGCUACUUUAAAAAAUGCAGUAGCACGAAAUGAAAUUCUCUAUUACCGUCGUCUCUAUUCCGUCUCCUACGUCUACUAGAGCAGAGGGCGCUGCGCACAUUGCAUUAUUAAUGGCAAUAAUUCUCAUUUGUCUCACAGUUUUGUUGGGUGGAAAUUGGCUUUUUCUGACGCGAAUUGUUAGUAAUAUUUUUGCAUUGUUUUGCAAUAUUGCAGUAUUCGCUCCGAAUUUGCAUUAUCGUUUCCGACAGCUGCUCAGAUUUAGUUUAUAACAAACGAAAGUCCAAUCUAAUUGAAUAAAUCUAACAGAAGCGAAAAUAGAAACAUAUGAUUUCUUAUCACUGCUCUUAUCAAUCUGAAGUAGCUUCUCAAUGGAGAGUACUCCGGUAUAUUUGCUUUGUUUUGUUAUAGGCCGUUUCAGUGUUUUGUUGUGCUUGGUUAAUCUAUAGUGAAGUGCUAUUGAUUAUAUAAGUGAAUUUCUACAAUGUUUACGUUCCGAUGGUUUCGGUUUAAGUUAAAUAUUUGCUCAAUGCAGAAGGCUUCGAUUGAAGUACGCGAAGCUGGAAGGCGUGCAGUUUCACAAAUCCAGAGCUCGAAUCCGAAUUUCUUAUCUCAUGAAUUUGAGAUUGAUGACUUAGACUUACAGAUUGAUGACAAUCAGUACGAUACUAAAUCUCUUUCACACCAGGACUUACAACGACCCUUCCGCUCAUCAUCCAUUAGUCAACCACAGAGUCCACGAGCCAGAGGACGAGGAAUUGAUAACUUUACUGCUGGUUACCAUCGCUCAACAUCUAUUAUUUCGCAGUUGGAAAAGUCGAAAGCUUUAUUAAAAAUGUCGGAUCAAAAUAACAUGAGACCACUAACAAUACUCCAUUUCAACGAUGUUUACAAUAUAGAUUCUAUCACCGCUGUAGAGCCUAUCGGCGGUGCUGCUCGAUUUUCUACGGCUAUUCGAUCUUUUGCAGAUCAAGACCCAUUAAUUCUCUUCAGUGGAGAUAUUUUUUCACCAAGUGUGCUUAGCAUAUUUACACAAGGUGAACAAAUGGUACCGGUGCUUAACAGGCUUGGAACACAUUGCGCAGUGUUUGGAAACCAUGACUUUGAUCAUGGCCUAGACGUUUUGGUUGAGCUCAUCAAAAAGACAAAUUUUCCUUGGCUUAUGUCAAAUGUCGUUGACAAUGAGACUGGUCGACCGCUUGGUGGUGGUAAAAUUUCACAUUUCAUUUUUCACAAUCAAAUCUCGAUUGGCUUGAUUGGAUUGGUCGAAAAAGAAUGGCUUGAAACGCUUCCAACAAUCGAUCCAAAAGAAGUAACUUACAUCGAUUAUGUUGAGGCAGGUAAUAAAUUGGCACAAGAAUUACGUAACGAGGGAUGUGAGAUUAUCAUUGCACUAACACAUAUGCGAACUCCAAAUGAUAUAAACUUGGCAAAAAACUGUACAGAUAUUGACAUAAUAUUGGGUGGUCAUGAUCACGUUUAUGAAGUUAAAGAAGUUAACGGCAUCAAAAUAAUUAAAUCAGGCACAGAUUUUAAGCAGUUCUCAAAAAUAACCAUUGACAAAGAUCGAGAUAAGAGUACCGGAAAAUUGAAAGUACAAAUCGAACCUGUAGAUGUUACAAAAGCUUACGAAGAGGAUCAGGAGUUGAACGAAGUACUAAGCAAAUAUUCGGAUGUGAUCGAAACUAAAAUGACAGAAGUGCUAGGAAAUUUCAGUGUUGAAUUGGAUGGUCGGUUUUCUUCCAUACGCACACAAGAGACGAAUUUGGGUGAUUGGGUUUGUGAUGUUGUACUAGCUGCUACUGGUGCUGAAGUGGUUAUUAUUAAUUCUGGAACAUUUCGCUCUGAUCAAGUGCAUCCUCCAGGCCCAUUUACGAUGCGAGAUUUAGUAAAUAUAAUACCAAUGCGAGAUCCACUUAUAUUAUUGGAAAUAACUGGUAAAUGUUUGUGGAGCGCAUUAGAAAACUCAGUAUCUGCAUAUCCAAAACUAGAAGGCAGAUUUCCACAAGUCUCUGGAUUGGUAUUUGCCUUCGAUCCUGCAAAGCCACCUGGACAACGAAUUGAUCCACAAUUAAUACAAGUUGCUGACGAGUACCUGAAUUUAGAACAACACUACAAGAUUUGUAUAAAGAGCUAUCUUUACAAUGGUUGUGACGGUUUCACUAUGUUCAAAGAUGCAAAGGUUUUGAUGGAUGAUGACUCUUGUCCUGAAUUGGGUCUUACAGUUCAAAAUCAUUUUAAGGCCAUUAACUUGCGUACAGGAAAAGGUGGUCAUCAAACCAAACAUAGACAGUCAUUGGUGACAUUAUCCCGACGUCAUAGUAUGGUACAAAUGUUGGACAACUUGGACUUAGAUGGUCCUUCGCCAAUACGAAAACUUUCUUCAGGUCAUAUGACGAAAUCAAUCGAUCUUACAAACACAAAUGCAGCAAAGAUGUUACGCCGUGCUUCAUUAGAUGACCUAGAACAAGCAAGUUGUCAGCUGGCUCCUAAAAUUCAGCAUAGAAUAAUACGCAUUCAGAACGAAGAGCACUAUCAACAGUUACUGAUGAGAAAGGAGACAUCCAUAAAAAAUGCUACCAUAACAGAGGCGGAAGAUGAAUAAAGCCCGCACAAAUAUUUUCUACUAUUAAGAAAUAAACUGGUUAAACCAUGGAACUAUAUCAGGACGCAUAAAAAACAUUAUUUAUUAAAUAUUGUUAAUAUUUCCUAUUCUCAUACAUCUACAUAUACAAUUUUUAGUAAUA